AUGCGCGAGUUACUUUCAAUGAAUAAAGAAGAAGACGCAAAGACAGAGACUUCUUCAUCAGUCUCAAACGGUAGUUUCUUGCCUAUCAAGAAACGCAUCGGAUAUCUUUGCGACGCACCAAACAAUGCCCUAGAGGUUGCGACAACAAAAGGUGUGCGCAAAACAAAGUAUAAGGGAGUAGUUCAACAACAGAACGGUCACUGGGGCGCUCAGAUAUACGCAGACCACAAAAGGAUUUGGCUCGGCACUUUCAGAUCUGCUGCUGAAGCCGCUGCUGCUUACGAUAGCGCAUCCAUCAAGAUCCGAAGCUACGAUGCUAACACGCACCGGAACUUCCCUUGGACUGACUUCACGGUCCACGAACCGGCCUUUCAGAACGAGCACACAACAGAAGAUGUAUUGAACAUGAUCAAAGACUGUUCUUACCAACGCAAAUAUGGAGAAUUCCUCAGAAAAAUCCAACCUAAGAUUGUCGCAAGAUACAACAUAUUUGGAUCAAGAAAAGUCCCAGGAGCAAGAGGGGGUGAUCAAGAAUCAAACAAGAGUUUCUUGUGGACAGAGCUGUUCCGAAAGGAGCUGACACCAAGCGAUGUUGGGAAGCUCAACAGGCUUGUGAUACCUAAGAAGUAUGCCGUGAAGUAUUUACCUUUCUUAAAAGAUGAUCGAGAUGAGAGAGAAGAGGGAGGGAUAGGAGAAGAUGUUGAGGUUGUGUUUUAUGACAGAGAGAUGAGACCAUGGAAGUUUAGGUACUGUUACUGGAAAAGUAGUCAGAGCUUUGUUUUCACCAGAGGAUGGAAUGGUUUCGUCAAGGAGAAGAGCCUUAAGGAGAAAGAUGUGAUCACUUUUUACACUUGUGAUGUUCCAACAUUAGAAGGUGGAAGCAAGAACUUCAUGAUGAUCGAUGUUCAUUGCUCUUCAGACGACUGUUCUGUUGUCCAUGAUGAUGAAGUAAACGAGACUGUUAAUCACAGUUCUAACUCGAAGCUAGAAGAAGAAGAAGAAGAAGAAGAAACAAAAUCAGUUGAGAACAAAGGAGGGUUUAUGCUGUUUGGUGUUAAAAUCCAAUAG